AUGACAAUGUUACCAGCUUUACUCGACAUUGUUGAUGAAAUUUACUCCAACUUGGAUCAUCAAUCAAAGACCAGCGAACAUCAAAUUCCGUUGUUUUUCGUUCCGCAAAGACCUGGUCAUGUUUGGGGAAAAGGAAGAAAAUGUGGAUUUGGACCAAUGAGAGAAUGCCAAAGAGGUCAGCGAGUUAAGAAAUGUGGUGGAGUCUGCGAUAUGAACAAACCAUCAGAGGAUUUCAACCAGCCAACCAUCGGAAUUUAUCACGAUUCAAUGGCUAUUCGUGGUUUUGUGUUGAAAAUUCAGAGAAGCGUGAAUGAAAUGAAAAGUCAUUACAAUCUUAUUAAAUAA